CACAUUUCAGUCUCAGAGUUCCCAAUCUCAUAACUUUACCGGACUUUCGGACGUCGCAGAGAUGGCCGGAGGUCCAUCGGCGCUUAAUUCCCCAAAACAGAGGAAGAGGGUGGAGGCGGAGACGCCGACAUUGAUGAAGCGAGCAAAGGAUGGGAGCGCUUUCACCAAGUGCGAAGGUUGCAAAAAGGACAUACAUGUUGGGCUAAUAGAUAUGCAUGAUUGCGGCAUGGAUUCGAUGAUUAAAAUGAAUCUUGAGGCUCAGGUGGUGGAGAAGGCAACAGAGGUGAAGAAGCCAGAAAAAAAGAGAGCCCCGCCUUCCACUCAAAAGGAACGUAAGACAAAAAAGGAGAAGAAGAGUCAUGGUUCUAACAAAUGCAAACGCCCACCGACAGCCUUCUUUCUCUUCAUGGAGGAUUUCAGAAAGGAAUUCAAGGAUGCUAACCCUGAUAACAAGAAGGUUGCUCUGGUUGCAAAAGAGGGUGGUGUUAAAUGGAAGGCCAUGACUGUGGAGGAGAAAAAGCCGUAUGUGGACAGAGCUGCCGAGCUCAAAGAGGAGUAUGACAAAGCUGGGAAGGAUGAUGAAAAUGAAGUUAAAGAGGAGGAUGAGAUUGAGGAAGAAGAGAAAGGAGACUCUGAGAAUGAAAAAGAAGAAUAAUUUUUUUCUUUUAUAAUGGAACAUGUUUUACUUAUCGCUGUAUUUUCUUGUAACUAGAUUGCAGACCACAUGAGUCCAUGCAUGUUGGUUAAAUGCCCUGUUUUGAUUGGAUUCUAUGACAUGUAAUGAGAGCAAAUGAAGAUUUAUUACCCAGUUUAUUUCUUUUUUUCCUUUGUUUUCUUUGGAAAUUGCUAAUGUCAUUAUUGUUAGUUUUAUAAUUUCCAUCCCUAUUAUGCA